CGUCUGGCGUCUGGCGGCAGUUCGGAACGAGACGCCGACACGACGUACGACAUAGUAUUUUCGUCCCGGACUUUUCGGGCUCCGAAACGCGAGAGUCGUCUCUCUCGCAGCGCAAAUAUAUUUCUAUGACACAUAUCAUAUUAGUUGUCACAAGGGGGUUGAAAUUCGCGAUUGCCGAAGUGGCGAACAUUUCUCGGAGAACGUGUGCAGCCGGCUGCUGCUGGUGAAGUAUAUAGUAUGUAGAGGUGCGUGCAAAACGGGUAUCCUUUCGAUCGACCUUCAGACCGGGUUUUUAGCUGGUCCAGGGUGCCCCAGCUCGAUCAGGUCGAUGCAUAAUCCAAGAAGAAAAUUCGUUGAUCGUGAUCCACGCGAGUGAAUUCUCGAUCUUCGCGAGGAGUGAAUAAAUCUCGUGCGGGCCACUCGGGACUAUCCAGGAUAUAUUCAAGGGAGAUCCUUCGGAGUUCCCUUUCCACAAAUACAUACACGCGCACAGCCUUCGUUCUUUCCAUUCAAGGCGCGUCGCAUUCAUCCGGCAGCAGCCGGUACCACACAUACACACAAACACAAACACACUCGUGUAUACAUCUAAGACGUAGACACGAUCCGGAGAAGAAAGCGCGUCCGGUAAGUCUUGCCACGCAUCGCUUUUCCGUUCUUAACAUCCGGCUCCCAUCCGGAUAGGAGAAAAGCGAUACAUCGUCGAUGCGCUCCUCCCGUGGACCACCGGCCGGAAGAUAAGGGGAUUCGAGAGAAGAGACGAUUCGACGAGGAUGACGUGACGCGUCGUUUCCGACCCGGAGAGGAAUGCCGGCGCGGAUUCCUCCGAUUUCGGGAUAGUCGCCGGGAUGCGUUUCAACGGCUGGCGAACCACCAGGCUGCCCUGACAGAUCUGACACGGCAGAUCUCUCGUUCUCCGGUUCUUUUCUCUCACCCGGCUGUCAGAUCGUGGAGAACACAGUGGAACGAGACCCAGGGAUUAGUUUGAACGGUCCGACGUAGGUGACCAAGUUUCCUGGUCUCGAAGUCAGCGGGAUGACGACGCUGCAGAGCUGCGGCGGCGGCUCUUCAAGGUGCGCGAGACGCGCCUUCGUCCUCGUGUUCGCCUGGGGCCUGUUGAUGAUCGCGGCGGUGCAGUUCCGCCACCUGGAGAACAGGACGCUGCGCCAAGAUGGCGGUCCCACGGGCGAGGAGAGUAACCUGGAGGUCGACGGCACCGGUGGCGAACGUGGUGGAAUCGCCUCGGCGAACCUGGGUCUGUCCCGAUACCUCCUGCAGAGGCAGUCCCUUAGUGGAGAUCUCUCCAACUUGCUGACAACCCUGAAGAAUCAGCUGGAAGCGUCGACGAGCAGCCCGCUCGAGCUGGAACCGCUGUUGGACAAACGACCCAUCAAGUCCGAGCAGCAGCAGAUCGAGGAGAUCGCCGAGAAGAUACCCAGCUUGCCGCUGAGCGAUUGGCUCAAGAACAGCAAACUGACGAAGCGGGGCAACGACAGCUGCGCGCGGUAUCCGCAUAUCUACGAUCUGGACUUCAACAAUUUUUACUGGCAGACGCUGCGAACUAAUAACGGCACGUUCCAAUUCUUCGGCGCGUUCUACGAUAAUCGUAGAUUAUCGAAAAUCGGACCGGCGGUGAGGAUCGUCGGCAUGAUCGAUCGUAUCGAGCCUACCGUCAAGACCUACUGUCAGUUGUGGUACGAAGGCGAGAACGAGCCUAGGAUCGUCGAGACCCUCGAGUACAAAUACAUCUGGUAUCCCAAGUGGGGCAAUUACAAGCAGGGUAUCUAUCAACCGUAUGUGAUAGCGUGCAGAGUACCGCCGCAGGCAUCCGGCAAACCACCGUCCUCCGUUUCCUUAGUCGAGAAGCGUUGCGACACGGCCACCAAUCAUCUCCGGGUGAUCUACAACAAGCCCGAGCGCAAGAAGGACUUUGCCGUGUGCGUGAAGGGCCUGGACUUUUUGCACGAGGAUCUCUCGGUACGGCUGAUCGAGUGGAUCGAGCUAAUCAGUCUCCUGGGCGCCGACAAGAUCUACUUCUACGAGCUGCAGGUGCACCCGAACGUGACCAAGGUGCUGCAGCACUAUCAGCGCCUCGGGAUGGUGCACGUGACCCCGUUGACCUUGCCGGGCGGUCAACCGAACGUGCCCGCCUUCCAGCACAUGUACCUCACGAAAAAGACCAAUCACAAGCGGCAGAACGAGCUGAUACCCUACAACGACUGUCUCUACAAGCACAUGUACGAGUACGAGUACAUCGCCCUGCUGGACGUCGACGAGGUCAUCAUGCCCGUGAAGGACGCGACCUGGCAGGAACUGAUGCGCCGGGUGCUGCCCAAGGCUUUGAAGAUACGGAACGAGACCCGCGCCUCGUACAACGUGAGGAACGUGUACUUCCUCGACGACCUACUGCACUCUCACGGUUACUUCAAGGACAUACCCAAGUACAUGCACAUGCUGCAGCACGUGUACCGCUCGAAGAACUUCACCAAGCCGAACCAGUACAUCAAGUGCUUCCACAAUCCGGAACGGGUGGUGACUCUGCACAACCACUUCCCGCUGGCCUGCCUUGGCGCCGGCUGUACCAGCUACCCCAUCGAGACCGAGGACGCGCAGUUGCAGCACUAUCGCGCCGAUUGCGUGCGCUCGUUGAAGAAGACCUGCGUGGAGUAUCGGGAGAACAGCGUGAUUGACACGACGAUAUGGCGUUACAGGGACAAACUGGUCGCGAGGGUCACCGACACCCUGAAGACGCUCGGCUUCUUCGGUCCGAGAUAGCGAUCGGCGGGGGAUCGAUCUUCCCUUUUUUUCUCUUCUUUCACUUUCCUACGAAGUUUCGAUCGGUCUCCGUGAAAGGGAGGUUCGUGUCUGGCUCGUGCUGGAACGAGGCGAGGAAAUUAAUCAGAGCGGGAGGUAAUUGCCGGCGAGGCUUGAUCGCGAUUUAAUCGAGGAGAUAAUCGAGAUCGGUGUAAUCGUUCAAGUGGACGCGUCUCUUAAAGCGACGGCGUGUAAUUCGCGUCUUGAUGUUCGUAUAUAUAUAUAUAUAUAUAUAGAGGAUCUUUCUCUCGAUCGCGCGAAAAGCGUACGUAUUUUAUAUUCGGAACGACAAGAUACGCGAGCCUUAUCAAAGGCGUGGAAGAUGACGUCGAGAUUGGAGCGAUCAUUCACUCCAGUCAAUUCGAAACUCGUUACUCGUUGGCUGAGGUAUAUAAUAGAAUACCGAGAUUGAGUUACGGCUUUUUGCGGAAGUUGACGGAUCUAAUCCAAAACCUGCGUCGAGGACGAAAUACGUACAAGACGAUAUUCGCUCGAUUUUAUUGAGAGUUUCAUCGACGCUGCUGGUUUUUUCGGGUAUUCCGUUAAACUAAUAAGCCAAGUUAUCUUCAAGUCCCGAGUGUAAUUCCGGCUCGAUUUGUAUCGAGCAAAAUUUUCGCUCCACGCGACGAGCCGAUUACACGUUUGACGAGAAAACUGCACAGUAUUCCUUUUUUUUCCUUUUUUUUGUGUAAAUAACUCCUUCUAAGUCUGCUUCCUAUGCUCAAUAUAUAAUACGAAGUCUGCAAAGAUUCGAUUGAUAGCCAUAGCGAACAGCUGUAACGGAUCGGUAAACGUAUGUACACAUAUGUGACUUUAGAUUUUGAUAAUACGGUCAAAAGGGACGUGGACUCGAGAAGUUAUGCUCUCUUUGAUAAGGAGUAUAAAUAAAAAUUUAUAUUAAAAAAUAUAUAUAUAUAUAUAUAAAAUAUAUUUUAUUAUAUAUUAUGUUACAUUGUUCUCUCAUUUGGUUAUAUAUUACGUAAAUGCAAUGUGUUUACAUAUAUAUAUAAUUUUUUGUUUAUUGAUUUUUCGUUAUUGAAAAGUGUGUAUCGUCAUACCGUUCCGACGACUGAAACGCUACGAGGUGUAAACACGCUCGUAUUAAUUAAGGCUACUGUUAAUGAGUUUCCGCAGCCGCGAAGCGAUCUAUUUUUCGUAAAUAGACGCAGGAAAUUGUCCGAAUUAUGUUACUGUAAGCGUGAAAUAAAGAAAUAAAUUGUAUGAGUGUGGAAAGCGUGAAGAAAGAAAUAAGACGUAGAAAAAAAGAAUAAAGCUAUAUCAGAUAAAGCUAUAUUAGAUAAAAAAUACAAUAAUCGCUGAUUGACAUACAAUUAUAUGUUAUUUAAUUGUACGAGCAUGAUAAGCGUGAAAAAAUAAGAGAGAUAUGACACGAUAACAGAAAGCGAAAGAUAAUGAAGCUACAUUAGAUGCAAAAAAUAAUACAACAGCCGCUGAUCACAUAAGGUUAUAUAUGUGUUAGUAUAAAAUUUUAUUCUGUGGCAUGUUACGAUAUUUUUGAAAAUAUGUUUCUUUAUUUUUGGAGUGGAUUUUUGAUGUUGUUGGAAUGUUCGAAAUAUUCGUGAUACUCUUGCGCAUUUUCUUCAACGAAAUAUUUCGAAUAAGAUUGAGCCUUUUACUGACCGCUUCGCGAUUUCGGAAAACCUCUUCCUUUACCUUAUGGUAAACCUCGAUCGCUUUCUGCGCGAAUGCGAGAAUCGAUCGCGUUUUACGACCCGACGCGUAAAGCGUCGCUCGUAAAAGCAAGAAGGCGAUUCACGUUGCACCAUGAGAUGCGAUAUCGAUAUAAAGGGGACCAUUGUAGAUAAGAGUCAAUAAGAGAGUCGUAACAGAAUCGGCGCACAUUUUCGCCUACACGCCGAAAUAAAAUCGUACUGUAUUGUUCUCUUUCCGAACCGAAUGUGUGUAUUUACGCCGCCUUUUCCGAAGCGAAAAGUGAACGGUGUCUUUCAAUUUGACAUGUAUUCCGAUGUUCGAUUAUAAAUCUGAAGAUUAGAUGUAAUAUUAUAGCGCGAUAAUGUUGGCCAGAAAAAUGAUCGAGCACGACUGUAAGAUCGAAAUAAAAUCCAAGAGAAUUAUAAUCGACUUAUGUGUAUGUCGAAAGAGAGCUGUUCUCCAAAUUUCGAGAUAAUCAGACUGAAUUUCUCGCGUGAACAAUAUCUGUGCGCCGUUUUACGAAACUCUCUCACUUGCUGUAAUAAUUCUUUGUACAUAUGUCUCCGAAAUACGAAAGUUGAUCAAUGAA